AAGGCGAAGACUGUCAAGGCCAAGAACCAGACGCGCCCAUGGCUUCAUCACUCACCCCCACCGCACUAACACCAUGCGUUUGCAUCGCAUCAACUUUUUCCGUCAAUGGUUUAGUUUAUGUUUGACUCUAAUCCAUCGCGAUGGAUUAAGUAAAAGCACAUGCGAAUUCAACCACUCUCCCAGCCACUCACUAUCUACCUUUUGCUCCGUUCUCUCUUCCUCGUAAGAAAUCCAAGAAUCAUUAACUUGCUAGAAUGGUCGCCAUGGCGACCACCCCCGCCGCGCUGGGCUUCCAGAAAUAGGAUGAGACGGCGGGUACGAUGCUGGGAAGGAUCAUCUUCUGCGUGGCGAUCGCCGCGGCCGUCCUCGCCGUCGUCCUCCUCGCCACCGUGUCGCCGCUGCCGCGGCGCCACAAGGGUGGCGGCCUGGACCAUACGCGGACUAUCACCGUGUACAUCCAUCCGGCGGCGGCGUCGUCCAUCGCCGGAACUGUGCCGCUGCAGCACCAGCAGCAAGAACAGGGCGCGGGCGCGGCGAGCGCGUUCGUGUUCCGGCACAGGAUGACGGCGGGGCCGGCGAGCGCGUCGAGGACGGUCGGCGCGGCGACGGGGUUCGCGCUCCCGGGCGAGGCGGGCUCGGCGGUGACGGUGUUCGACACGGUGCACCUGGCGUUCGACGCGGCGGGGAUGUCCGGGAGCCUCUGCAUCCAGGCGGCGGGCGGCGGCGAGAAGGCGCCGCCGCGCCCGACGAGGCGGCGCGGGGAGUGCGGGGAGCCGGAGGCGCUGCGGGUGGUGGGCGGCACGGGCGCGUUCGCGUUCGUCGCCCGCGGGGAGGCCGUCCUCCGCGUCGAGUGCGCGCUGCGGCUGUUCGGUGCCGCCGCGGGGAAGGUGCUGCGGCUUGAGCUGAGCGUUGCAUGAGCGAUAUUUGCUCCUCCUUUUUUUCACCUCUUUUUACCUUCUGCAAAAUUGUUGAUUCCGUAUUAUAUUUUUCGGGGAAAAUACAACUCGGCUUUGUUGCUGUGGAAAUACACACGUUUGCAUACAAAUGUUGUUAGAAACUUUUAAUGGGAGUUACAUUGUGGUUGAGUGAUCGAGUCCUUUUUUCGUGUGCAAGCUUGAGAAUUGAGACUG